AUGUCUCGCCCAAUUGAGCCAUUGAAAGAGAUCAAUGAUUCAAAAGAUUUGUGGAAGAUCGCUGUUAGAUGCAAACAUCUAUGGACUGUCACAAGUUAUUCAAACAAAGAACACAUGAAGAUGGUUUUGGUUGAUUAUAAGAAAGCAGAAUUUCCUGACAUCCCUCAUAACUACCUUAACAUUAUUGGUUUGAAUUCCAUAGUUGAAGGAAGGUUUCAAUCAAAUGUUUUGGUUGAUUUGAUUGGAGGAAUCACUGAUAUCACUCAAACCCAAGUUAACGGUGACAACAGCAAGAACAAAAUAGUUUUUUCAAUUGUAGAUGUUAGCAAAACAGUUGUACAAUAUACUCUUUGGGGGCAACUUGCAGUUCAGCUAUAUGAGUAUUAUAAGAAUAAUAAGCAAGCCUUUGAUAUUGUCAUUCUGCUAAUGAAUGCAAGGGUUAAAGAGGCUCAAGGAGGAUUUCCAGUUAGUGUUUCCAACACAUGGAAUGGAACGAAACUGUUGAUUAAUGACCUUGCUAUUGAGGAAGUCAAGAGUCUAAAAGAAAGACUUGGUGUUGAUUUGCCUUUGUUAUCAUCUUCAAGUGUACAAGUUGAGGCAACGCAAAAAUCAUUUCAUGCUGACUAUGACAAAUUUGUUUGGAAGGCUAAAAUAAUGAGUCUCUCUGAAAUAACAAAUCUGCAACAUGUAGGAAAGAUUAACUAUUUCCUUAUAUUGAUAUCGUUCUUAAAGCCUCAUAUAACUAUGGGAUGGUACUAUGAUGGAUGUGUGGAAUGCAAAAGGAGUGUGACUGCCAAGGAUGGAAAGCUGAAGUGUUUUAAGGAGCAUAUUAGCCCAGAAUCUGUGCCACGGUAUAAGCUUGAUAUAACAGCUGUUGACGGCAGUUCAAAGGCAAAGUUCGUCUUUUGGGACACAGACUGCGUGAAGUUAAUUGGGAAGUCUGCUCUUCAAAUGAAGAUGGAUUUAACACAGUCUAAUGAUUACGAUCCACUUGAGUUCCCUUACGAACUUGACUCCAUAUUGAAAAAAGAAUUGGCAAUUAGAGCUGUUUAUCAACCUAAAAAUGGGCGACUUUCUGUCGUUGGCUUCAAGACUGAUAAAGAUGUGCGUAAUAAAAUUAAGGAGAGUUUCAAAUUUGAAGAGGAACCUGUAUCUGCAUCUGCAGAAAUGACCUGA